CGCUAGCUGGUUAGCAGUCAGACUAUGAGGCUAACAGGCUCGCACGGCGUCUGUGUAAGUGUGUUAUACAAUGGCAGCUCGACAAAGACAUUAAGACGCGUGUUAAAGUGAAACGAUGCGGUUUGUCUGCCUAAACGCGACAAUCCUUCCGUUUGUGGGUCUUUAAUAUCCACCGCGCUAGCGGCUAGCUCGCUCCGUUAGCGCAGUUAGCCCGCAGCUGUCAACACUGCAUUCCUGCAGCGCGUCGUUAGCAACUCGUACAGUUUCACCGCAAAACUGAGCCUUUUCAAAGACGACCAGAUGGAAACAAACGCGCCGAAAAGACGAGACAACAAGAAGUCUCUGCGGGUCAAAGUGAUCAGCCUCGGAAACGCCGAAGUGGGGAAGAGCUGCAUCAUCAAGCGUUACUGUGAGAAGAGGUUCGUCCCCAAGUAUCUGGCGACCAUCGGCAUCGACUACGGAGUCACCAAAGUCCAGGUUCGAGAUCGGGAAAUCAAAGUGAACAUCUUCGACAUGGCCGGACACCCGUUCUUCUACGAGGUGCGCAACGAGUUCUAUAAGGACAGCCAGGGCGUGCUGCUGGUGUACGACGUGGGGCUGCGGGAGAGCUUCGACGCCUUGGACAGCUGGCUGGGGGAGAUGAAACAGGAAAUGGGCUCUCAGGCCAACAUGGACAGCAUCGUCUUCAUCGUGUGCGCCAACAAGGUGGACCUGACGAAGCGGCGCGUGGUGGAUGAGGGCGAGGGCCGGCUGUGGGCGGAGUCCCGAGGCUUCACCUACUUCGAGACGUCUGCGCAGAGCGGAGAGGGCAUCAACGAGAUGUUCCAGGCCUUUUUCUCCACCAUCACCGACAUGUGCGAGAACGGCGGGAAGCGUCCGGUGGCCGAGGUCAACGUGGGCUUUACCAAAGAGCAGGCCGACACCGUCCGACGCAUCCGCAACAGCAAAGACUCCUGGGACAUGCUGGGAGUCAAACCGGGCGCCACACGGGAGGAGGUGAACAAGGCGUACAGGAAACUGGCGGUGCUGCUGCACCCGGAUAAAUGUGUGGCGCCGGGUAGCGAGGACGCCUUCAAGGCGGUGGUGAACGCCCGCACGUCGCUGCUGAAGAACAUCAAAUAACCUCGGACUGCAGUUUGUUUCGCCUCCAUGUGUCGUGUGCCAUGUUGCUCGCCUUCAGCACGGCGAGCCGCGACGCUCCAGACGGCCAAAAUAGAGUUUUGGUGUUUUUUUUUUGUUUUGUUUUUUUUUGUGGAAAGAUAUAAAUUAUUUAAGAGUUUAUUUAUUUAUUUAUUUAUUCAUUCAUUUAUUUAUUUAUUUGUUUGAUAAUGAUUUUAAAAAAGACAUACAUUGGAGUGGAUAUUAACUCAGCAAGUUACUCAGUUAUUCAUAAUUACAAUUUGAAAAGAUUAAAACUAAACUUAGAUCCGCGAGGAAAAAAAAUUGUAAUUGUGACGAUGAGAUGAAAACUUGGUUUUCUUUGCGACGUUUCACUGUAAAUUUAACGUCCCGUCGGGUUUCUUUUGGAAUGGAUUGUCCUCUUGACACAUUUUAAGAUAUUUAUUGAACAGUUGAUGUGGAACCUGCUCGUCGCACAGUGCAUGUGAAGUAUUUAUGAAACCCUCCAGCCAAUCAGUCGCCAUCUGCUGCUGCUCUCUGGGACACCGGGCUUCGUCCGUUCCCUAAAUUUACCCAAGUGUUCCCUGUUUCUUUGCUUUAAUCAUUUUCUAUCUUAUCUCUGUUUGGUUCCCUUGGAUUUGCUUUGCUCUCCUGUUCUCCCUGAAAUUCCGUUGUGACUGCUUUAGCUCCCUCAAUUCAAUUAUUUGUUUUGAAAGAGCAAAGUUUCUGUUCAGGCAAGUGCAGAAAAGGUUGUGUGAGACUUUAAAUUGGCUGUCGGUGCUAAUUUUGCAAACUUCGUCCAACAUUUCGACAUGAUCUUUGUUCCCUUCAGUUCCAUUAGUUCUCGCUUCUCGAUUAAUUCCUGAAAACGUGUUCCCUGAUGUUUCCUGUACAUUGGCGUUGUUUCUUUGGGAAGAAAAUACUUCAUCUGUCAGCUUUUCUGUGAAUUGUUGUCCUGAAUGACAAACUUGUUCCCAUUAGUUUUGCAGCUAACAGAUUAGUUCCCUGAAACUGAUCAUCUGUUUUUCGCUAAUUGGCCUUUUUGUUUGCUCACUUUGCCAUUUUUUUUUUUUAUUACCUCAAAGUUUCUAAGACUGUUUAAUUUGCACAUGUUCUAUGAUUACUUUAUUUUUCCUCGUCAUUUUUGCUGCCUUAAACUGAUUAGUUCCCUGGAGCUUUCGAUUGGCUCUCACUGUUAUUAUUGUCAUAAUUUGGUUCAGUUGCCAACUCCCACUCUGUUCCCUCCAGGUUUUCAUCUGUGUCCCGUUCUUAUUCUCGCACUGUAAAUAGUUUCCCUGAAAUGAAUCAUUUGUUUUAUGCAGUUGCUAAAUAGUUUCCUGAAAGUUCCAUUGAUUUAUCAGACCAUGUUGAUUAGUUCCCAAAAAUUUGUCACUUUUUUUUUUUUUGUUUGUUUAAUACUUGAAUUAUUGACCUAAAUUAGUUUUCCUUUACGUUUUUCAUGAGUGAAAAGAAGCGAUCUGGUCUCCUUUUCAUGUCUGGUUUGUCAGUUUGUCUUCCACGAAGUGAGCGUUUACAGGAUGAUGAAGGUCCACUUGUGCCCGUUUACGAAGCGAUGUGUCUCCAUAGUUUUAUAUUUUUAUGUGUGUGUUCACAGGACUGAAUAAACCGCCUGAAACU